CAAGUCUUCUUUUAUUUCGCUUUAUUCAAAUUAGGGGUCCGUGACAGCCAUUAUCUACAAUACUAACCCUUGACUGAUUUUAUCUUCAAGUCAUAACAUUUCCUUUACGUCAAUGUAUCUAACUGUCUCCUGGUCGGGGCAGGAGGCCAACAUGACCGGCGUGGUGCUGGGGUUGGACGGAGAGAGGACCUCGGAGGUAGACUUCAGCGAUUUCCUCUACAUUGAUCAACAGAGAAUCGUACACAAGCGACCGGUGCUGGAGUCUGACAUGGCAGGAUUUUUGAAGCCGUAUACAGCCGCGGUAAGAGUUAAACAAAUGCUGGGAAUGAUAAUGAUAAUUCUCUCUCUCUCUCUCUCUCUGAUCCCCACACGAGGUACCUCCGGCAGUCAUGGGGGAUGGUCCUGGUGGCGCUGGUGGCGGUGGCGCUAACAAUACUACUAACAAGUGCUUUGCCUCCCCUGCCUCGCCUGUCCUCGUCGCCCGGCAGUUCAAGGAAAGAAACGUGGAGUGUGGUGAGCGACGCUAGUUUUUGGAGCUUCGCCUUACCCGUAGCUCAGUCGUACACAUUUUCGACGCGAGGAGGAAGUCAGCAGGCGGUGGCGGGCAUGUGGCUGGUGCUAUCAGUAAUCAUCUGCACGGUGUACCGCUCAAACCUGAAAGCCAUGCUGAUAAAACCGCGCCUCGUCCUGCCAUUCGGUAACCUCAAGGAAUUAGCCGAGUCUGGCAUUCCUUGUUUCACUUUCCGCGGUACCCUCCUGCACCGCAAUAUUGAGGCAGCGGAGGAAGGUACUACCGUGUGGCACCUCAAAAGGAAACUAAUAGCACAUAACGACGUCGAGGGAGCCGUGGGGGAUAUGUCUACCGGCCAGCACGCCAUGUUCACCACCUACGUCGGGCUACUCUCGGUGAUACACUCCAGUUUUGUGAAGACGAAGACCUGUUCCUUAUACAUGACUGACGACAGCUACUUUGGGCCUAGAUGCCUCACCAUCGCCUUCCCCAAGGGCUCUCCCCUCCGGCAGGGAGUGAACCCCAUAAUCACAAAGCUGCGAGAGUCUGGCAUCCUGCAGAGCCUGUUCAUGAAGUAUGCCAUACAUGCCAGCACCUGCCUACGCUCAGACCCCAUCAAGGUGGAUAACAUCCUCAGGCCACUGCAAAUGGGUGACGUGUAUGGAGUCUGUCUUCUCUAUGUUGGGGGAAUGAUGAUUGCAACCUUGACUCUCCUGGCAGAAAUUAUGGUUACCUGAAAUGGCAAGACAGAGCCAGCAAAUCUCUGGCAGAAAUAUCUUAUGUUUUUUUCUUGAUCAUCGCCCAAAUUGCUAUUACCAUCUCAACAGGAGCAGGUGACUACCAAUCCUACUGUCAUGCAAUCCUGCAACACACUCACGGAUAAACAAAGCUAGGUCGUAUAUGAGAGAAAAUGUAAUAAAUAAAAAAAAUAUAUAAAAAUGAUUGUCAUGAUUAACCUUUAACCUGUCAGUGAAUAGAUAGAAGUGGUAAGCCUUCAUAGUUGGAUUGGACAGCAAACAAUCCAGCCCUUCUCUGUCAGUAUUUAGUAUGCUUGCUCAAGGAGACCAAAACUGGUCUGCAUCACACACUAAUGGGUAAAGAAGGCAAGGUAUAACAGAAAAUAUUUUUAUUGUUAUCAUUAUUAUUACCACUACCAUUAUUAUUUCAAAGACAAGGCAUGAAAACUGUCAUUCAGACAGUACCAGAACCAGUUAAAUUGGCUAAGAACACAAGCUGAAAAGAAAACAUGGAAGCCAUUAAAUAAAUUAAUAAAAAAAAAAGAAAAAAAAGUAGCCAAGGAUUCCAGGCUACCUCAACAUGAAAGAUGGUUCAUCUUCUAAACCUAGAAGUUAGUUUAUAAAAUCCCAUUAGUAAUAAUUACUGAUCCACUAUAUGUGAAUUCUUCAUGAUAUUUUUCAGUUAUACUGCACAACCUUACCACUAGAUAUACUUUAAGAUAAAAGCAAUGAAAGAAUCACUAGAAUCCAUAAAAAAGGCAUCAGAUGUGAUACCAUUUGUCAUGAUUUACAAGCCUGUUGCUACACAUUUUGUCUGAAUACUAGAUCAUCUUGGUUUCUACACAGAUACUAAUGAUUCAUCCACCAAAGUCUAAAGAGUGUGCAGACAGGUGAAUAAAGUGUCAUCACACUGUAUGGUAUGAUUCAUUCAGCAUUCUACACUAUGGUAAAGUCCUUUACUAUGAUAUACUGCAUUUCUUAUAUAUAUGGGAUUGCUGACUAUAAUUACAGAUAUAAUUUACAACAAAAAUGUAUUACUUGUGCAUGCUGAUGAUGUUUUGAUAGGGACAUAUGGUAUUUAUAGAAAUAUUCAUACAGUUGAUUUUCUGCUGAACUAAAGGCCAAACAAAGCCAUAGUCAUGCCACAUACUCACUGGUGUUGAUAACUGCUGGGGUGGGGGAGCUUGUUCCAACAUAAUUACCUGGGUGCUGACCAAUGGGCAAAUGACUUGUGUGAAUUGAAACAUCUUCCUCAAGCAAAUGUGGAUAUGUAUAAAAUUUACACUAAGUUAUACCACACACACACACACACACACA